ACGCGUCGUUUCCGGUUUCACACAGCGCUUCCGGUAUAAAGAGCGCCUAAGGAGGGAGAGACUCCUGGUGCAAUUUUUUUCAUUCCCUGAAUCCGUCGCGUAUCCGCGGCAUCCGACCAGCAGCCAUGACGGUGGGGAAAAGCAGCAAGAUGCUGCAGCACAUUGACUUCAGAAUGCGUUGCAUUCUGCAAGAUGGUCGCAUCUUCAUUGGAACCUUCAAAGCAUUCGACAAGCAUAUGAAUCUUAUACUGUGUGAUUGUGAUGAGUUUAGAAAGAUCAAGCCCAAGAACUCUAAACAACCAGAACGGGAAGAGAAAAGGGUACUAGGGUUGGUUUUAUUACGUGGGGAGAACUUGGUAUCCAUGACAGUAGAAGGCCCACCUCCAAAAGAUACUGGCAUUGCUAGAGUACCAUUGGCAGGAGCGGCUGGAGGACCCGGAGUCGGAAGAGCAGCUGGUAGAGGUGUGCCAGCUGGUGCUCCUAUGCCACAAGCCCCUGCUGGCUUGGCAGGCCCCGUCAGAGGUGUGGGAGGACCAUCUCAGCAGGUGAUGACGCCUCAGAGCCGUGGCAAUGUUGCCGCUGCAGCAGCCGCCACAGCUAGUAUCGCUGGGGCCCCAACACAGUAUGCUGCUGGAGGACGUGGAGGUCCACCGCCACCAAUGGGUCGUGGAGCACCCCCACCAGGCAUGAUGGGCCCACCUCCAGGCAUGAGGCCACCCAUGGGUCCACCAAUGGGCAUGCCCCCAGGCAGAGGAGGACCAAUGGGAAUGCCACCACCUAAUAUGAGACCGCCACCACCUGGAAUGAGAGGUCCUCCACCGCCAGGCAUGAGGCCAACCAGGCCAUGAUCCAAGCUGCCUAAAGACUUCACUUGUACAUCUGGUGUUCCUCAUUUGCUCUUGUCAUGGGACUGUUGUAGUUAAAUGUUUUGUAACCUUUUUCUUUGUAAAUUUUUAAUAAAGUAAAAAAACUCACUC